UUGGCGCUUUGAAAGCUAUGGCUGCUCCUGCUUGGCGCAAACUCUUCACUCGUCGCAUGUCCUCUUCCUUUUUUGACCCCCCUCCACCUGUUCGUUCUCGCAGAGUCGUCGUCACUGGGUUGGGCAUGGUAACUCCAUUGGGGUGUGGAGUGGAGACUACGUGGAAGAGACUGAUAGAGGGUGAUUGUGGCAUAAGGGCAUUGACCCCUCAAGAUCUCAAGAUGAAUGGCUUUGAUACAGAGACCCAAACGUACACUUACGACCAGCUCACCUCCAAAGUCGCGGCAAUUGUGCCCUGUGGAACCAACCCAGGUGAAUUCAACGAGGACUUGUGGUUCAAUUUUAAGGAGCAUCGUUCAAUGGCCAGGUUUAUUGGGUAUGCUCUAUGUGCUGCUGAAGAAGCACUUAAGGAUGCUAAUUGGAUGCCCACCGACCCUGAUCAAAAGGAAAGAACGGGUGUCUCAGUUGGUGGGGGAACUGGAAGCAUCAGUGACAUAUUGGAUGCUGCACAACUGAUUUGUGAGAAGCGUCUUCGUCGGCUUAGUCCUUUUUUCAUCCCCCGGAUAUUAAUCAACAUGGCAUCUGGUCAUGUCAGCAUGAAGUAUGGAUUCCAGGGACCAAACCAUGCUGCAGUGACGGCUUGUGCUACUGGUGCACAUUCUUUGGGUGAUGCGACAAGGAUGAUUCAAUUUGGAGAUUCAGAUGUUAUGGUGGCUGGAGGCACAGAGUCUAGCAUUGAUGCUUUAUCAAUAGCAGGAUUUUGCAGGUCAAGGGCUUUAACUACAAAAUACAACUCUUCCCCUCAAGAAUCAUCACGACCUUUUGACUGUGGUCGAGAUGGGUUUGUGAUAGGUGAAGGUUCUGGCAUCUUGGUCUUGGAGGAGCUUGAGCAUGCAAAGAAUAGAGGAGCAAAAAUUUAUGCAGAAAUUCGUGGUUAUGGAAUGUCAGGAGAUGCACAUCACAUUACUCAACCACAUGCUGAUGGAAGAGGUGCCAUUCUGGCCAUGACGAGUGCCUUUAAACAGUCAGGUAUUCAUCCAAAACAAGUGGAUUAUGUAAAUGCCCAUGCCACCUCAACACCUUUGGGUGAUGCAAUAGAAGCCAAUGCCAUCAAACAUAUUUUCUCUGACCAUGCGACAUCAGGUGCUUUAGCCUUGUCCUCCACCAAGGGAGCUAUUGGUCAUCUCCUUGGUGCAGCUGGAGCUGUUGAAGCAAUAUUUUCUGUUUUGGCCAUACACCAUGGAAUUGCACCACUAACACUGAAUCUCUCAAAACCAGAUCCGGUGUUUAAUGAUGCUUUCAUGCCUUUGACGGCUUCAAAGGAAAUGCCAAUAAGAGCAGCUUUGUCGAACUCUUUUGGCUUUGGAGGAACAAAUGCAUCCCUGCUGUUUACAUCUGCUCCUUGACAAAUGGGGUUGGUGAUAUCUUCUCGUCCAGAAUGUAUACCACGGGCAUCAUUCUCUGAAUGCAAAAAGAUCUGCAAUAUCCAAACAUCUUCUAGAAAUGGAGCUGAUGGGAUAUCCAAGUGUCAUGGCCAUAAAUGCAAUUUUCUUUCCAUAAUUUUGAAAUUUAUUAUAGAUGAGAUUAGUGGUAGUAGGCUAGCCCAACAUUUCAGCUGCAUUUCAACUGUAAUCACGGUUAGCUUGACAGGAGAUUACGUAGGUUUUCUUGACAACUUUUCCUCACUAACAGAACUAGCUUUGAGGCUCAUGACUUAGGUUUCAAGAGACAGGCCAAUGAACCGUUGUUGGCCCAAAGUGAAAUAAGUCGAAAUGAAUAUAUUGUUGUACUGAUAAUGUAA